AUGGAGGGGAAGAAUAGUUUUGUGGCUCUGGUUCACUGCUCUGGAAAAAUUCAAAAGAGCAAAAGGCAUGGUGUAAAAUUCACAGAUAGAGAACCGCUUAGUGUUUUUAUUCGAUCAUCGAAUACGUUGACAGAGAUUAAGCAAAGCAUAUUACGGACGCUCGGUACGUGUGGGACGAAGUGGGUAAAAAAAUUAUUUUACAAGAUUCCCAUUGAUGUUGUCUCAACUGGUGUGAGAUAUGAGACCUUCGUGAUCGGGUCGGAUGAAGACUUGCAGGUCUUAUUUCACUGCAGGCGUAGUUUUCCGGAGGUGAGGGUAACUGAACUGUUUGCGAAGUUGGAAGAUGGUGUGGAUAGCUCUGGGGCAUCAGCACCUAAUCCUCAGUCGACCCCAGCUGGUGGUGCAUCAACAUCGAUGCCUGUGGUAGCAGUGGUAGUUCUGAAUGCGGAGCCCGAACGUGCUGGGGCUGUUCAUGCAUAUGUUGAUCCUGUUGUUCCUGAUUUUGAAUGCGAUACCGGACCGGAUCGAGUUGAGAAUGCACUGUUUGACGAUGAUUCGGAUGAGGAGCCUGUCGAUAUUGGUGGGGACAGUGAUGAUGAUAUUCCAAGAGGUGGACGUUCAGCCCAUGGAGGUUCCGGUUCUGCAACACAGGAGUACCCUCCCCACCUCUCUUCUUUGAACUUGGAAGCCAUUGGCCAACAGCAGAAUGCUGAUGCAACAUUCGAUGGGCAAGGGAUGCAUGAUGGGACAUCUAUGACUGAAUUUCAGAUUGGCCAAUCCUUCCAGAUCUUUCAGAUAGAGUUUCAAGUACUCAAAGUAGUCUUUGGACAUAUUUCUGGUGAUGAGUCAUUACCGGAGCACUGA